AUGAAAGUCACGGUUAAAAGUUGGAUGGGUGUCGCUGUCUGGAAAUGGUUGGCCAACGAUGACAACUGCGGCAUCUGUCGUAUGGCGUUCGAGGGCUGCUGUCCGGAUUGCACGCUGCCCGGUGACGAUUGUCCGCUCGUGUGGGGCGCCUGUUCGCACUGCUUCCACAUGCACUGCAUCGUAAAGUGGCUGAACUCGCAGGCGAACCAACAGUGCCCGAUGUGCCGACAGGCGUGGAAAUUCAACGACAAGUAG